CAUCAUAUUUUCUUUAAAAAAAAUCACAAGUGCGAAUUUGCCAUAGCUACAGGCUACAACUGCCAACGGCAACGCAAAUGUAAAAAAAUCGAAGUAAAUAAUAACAUAUUAUACCAAUUUUUUUUCAUUUUGCCGUUUGUUUACAUUGUUGCAACGUACUUGUACUUAAAUUAUAAUUUAUAUUGACAAACAUUACCUUAUAUGCUAUACGCGCGAGUUUCGUUUUUUUUUUAGUUCUUUUUUUUCUAACGUUUAAAUAUUUUGCUAAUCGACAAGUUCAUAUCAUCGCCAGAAUGGGCUAGCCUACAACGACAACAGCACCGAUUGCACAACAAGAUGACCAGAUACUGAUUGCAGAAAUGGCUUUUUUUAAGCUCUUGAACCUAUCCCAACCUGUGGUGUAACAAUGAAAAGUAUUCAUUACAAUGAAGUUUCUUUUUUAAAUACCAACGUGAAAGGUCACACAAUGGCUACGACAAAUGACGAUUUUGACGAUGCCGAGCAGCUUCGACUGAUUGCACUACAAUCAAUGGUCAGACGCACAAUGAAAAGCAACUCUAAUCAGACAAAUGACGACCAAGAUAUAUUAUUGUUGAGAGCAGCCGCACUUCAGUCCAUCGCAUCUAAGAUUGACAAUCGAAAAAAUACAAAGAAACCUAUCAAAAUAAAAAGUAGUAGUAUAAAAAGUCAAAAUGUCAGAGCCAAGAAACGAAGUAAAAGCGAUAGGUUACCUUCACCGAGUAAAAACCAUAAACAUCGGGGAAAACGGAAAAAGGAAGACAAUCUAGCCAUAGACAAUUUGUCGAUUGAUAAUUAUGAAAAUGUUAUAGAAGAUAACAAAGAAAAACCUGUUGAACCAAAUAAGGUAGAAGCAAAAAAAAUUGUAAAAAAUGGAAGUAUGUUACUUUCGAAUUUGAACUCUGAAGGAAUCGAUGAAACUAUGGUUAUAAAAAUAACGUUUAGUUCAACAGAAAGCGAUGAUUCAUCAAGCGACACCGACGAUAGUAAAGUGAAAGAGAGUGUUUAUUUCAAUAACGACAGUGAUUCUUUGAGAUUACGUCUCAACCCUCCGGCAGUUGAUCAGCAAAGAAGUGCAGACAAUUUUAACAGCAAUAAAGACAACUCUGUGAUUCUAGAAGACCAUAAGUUAAAAAAAACCGAAGUCGGCAUGGAAAAGUUAUUGAAUUUAUUAAAAAUGUGUAAUUCAGAAAUUGAAAAACGCGAUCAGCAAGUAAAAAUAUUGCUGGAAGCUUACAACACGUAUAAGAGUCUCGACAGUUCAGUUCAUUCAAUGCUGGAAUCAAUUAAAGCUGUACAUAAGGAAUUGUCUGAGCUCAAUCCCACUGAAAAUACUUAAACUGACUUUCAGACCAAUGUUACUUGCAAGGGAAACUAUUUAAUUGUUAUGAGACAACAUGUUCAUUUAAUUUAUAAAAAGCAAUUUUAUUUAAAACUCUGGACUAAAAUUUUCAUUUAGGGGGUGGGUGAGGCGGGUUAUAAUCUUUUUAUUGUUUACUUCUGAAAUUAUGGAUUUUUCUAAUACUUAAUAAUAAUUUUUAAAUCCGAUUUACCUCUACUAAAAUAAAUAUUUUUUCACUCAUCGAGUAUGUUUUAUUAAGAAAUUUCCUUUAUAGAUUCGUGCUCUGUUUUCGUUCAUUCUACAAUCCGUUGACUCGCAACAAUAAAUAAAACGUUUGCAUUUAACGUUUUAGUAAAUAGAAAAAAAAAAAAAUGACAAACUGAUACACUAAUAAUGUACAUUUUUCAGUUCUGUCGCUUAAAAACCCUGCCCGUAUUGUCACUCUUGACAUAUAUUUUUUUUUUUUUUAGAUGUAUUCUUUAUUGACGAAGACAUCAUUGUCUUUAACAAAAUCUAUUGAAAUGGCGAAAACAUACAUUUAGGUUAUUGUCUGUGAACAAGUCGUUACAAUAAUAUUUUACGCAAAUAUAUAGUUUUUGUCGCUUAUGUUCGACAAACGAUUUUUGGUCGUAAGUGUUUCUUCCGACGAUUAUUUUUUAAACUCAUUUGUUUUUAUUGUUUUGCAGAUGUCGUGUGAUGCGAACGAUGCAACAGGAAUGUGUCAUAAUUGUAAUUAAUAAUUGUUAACAAUUAUUAUUUUGUUCUAACAUAAUAAGAUUAUAAUAAGAAAAAUAUAAUAUGUUUUAAA